CAUUGGUUUCGGGUUUUGGUUAAAGUCUUUAAUCGUAAAUUAGGCCUAGAAACGAAAUCAGUGUACAUUGUGCCCAGGUUCAUGUUCUUUAUUUUUCCUUGAUAAAAAAACAAAAAAGAUUUAUGUCAACUUUUGCAGAAACUUAAGUGGAAAAAAGUGUUUGUGUUCAGUAAUGACGGACAAAAUUAGGAUUUUUACUUAUGCUGUUGGUGCAACGUUGUUUUCAGAAUUGCUCUAUAUAUUGUGGUUGAGGUUUAAGCACCGUCAUAUGAACACAGUCAACAAAACAGAUAUUCAGCUUGGUACUGAUAGGAAUUCGAGGUCUAAUACCAGUAUUAUACUAAAUGUAGACUUUAACGACCAAGAAGUUGGAUCUAGUUAUAAACCCAUGAACAAAGUUCUUAUUUUUCCUGAUCCUGGUAUUACAUGCAAGAGGCUAAUACUAAAUGGAAGAUGUGCUUAUUCAAAUUGUCAGUUUUUGCAUAAAAAAACAUCUUUAUAUUACUUGACGAAAAUGCUUAGUACAGCUAAGACAAAAAUGGAUGUCUGUGUGUAUAUGAUGAUGUACAGCGUUCUUGGAGAUAGGAUUGUUGAUGCCCACAAGAAGGGCAUCGUUGUUCGAGUUAUAACUGAUGGUCAGAUGGGAGAUGUGCCAUCUUCUCAAAUUGGAAGGUUUCGUGAAGCAGGUAUUCCUGUGCGUUCAAAUUCUACUACUACUUUUUUGAUGCACCAUAAGUUUAUCAUAAUUGACAACGAAACUCUCAUCAAUGGUUCUUUUAAUUGGACCAAACAAGCAGUGACGGGAAAUUAUGAAAAUAUCUUAAUCACAAACCAGAAAGAACUUGUAGAGCCUUACUCAGCGGAGUUUCAACAUCUUUGGCAACUUUAUGAUCCUGUGCAGUUGGAAAAAAAAAAAGAUCCACAAUGAAUAAUUCAGAGAGUACAGAAAAUGGUGCAUCAUUCAGUCGAGUAACAUGAUACUUGUUGUUUUUAUCUGAUUUUGUGUCUGAAAUGAAGGACACUACUUCCCACAUAUCUUCAGGUGAAGAUGACCACCAGAAAUGAUUCGAUUGACAUUCCAGUAUUUAACAUGUAUACGGGUUCUGAGUUUUCAGAACAACAGUUUUUAGUAACAUCUGAUUUCAUGAUCUGAAUAGUCAAAUAAAAUCACUUUGUA